CUUUACGAACUUCCGGCGGCCAUUGUGCCUCUUUUCUAGCCGUUCAGUGAAACAACGUGGACUGUGUUCCAGUUUUCACGCUGAAGAAUGAUCGGAAAUAAGGUUAUCAAGCCCGGAGGCAGUGAACCGGAUGAGUUUGAGAAGUCUAUUGGGCAGGCCCUGCUGGAGUUGGAGGCCAACCCUGAGCUGAAGCCUCAGUUGAGGGAUUUGCACAUAACGCGUGCCCGUGAGAUUGAUUGCGAUAGCAAGAAAGCAAUUGUUGUGUACAUCCCAAUGCCCAAACAAAAGGCUUUCCAGAAGAUCCAGACACGCCUUGUGCGUGAGUUGGAGAAGAAAUUUUCCGGCAAGCAGGUGGUUUUCAUUGGGGAGAGAAAAAUCCUGCCUAAGCCUCAGCGAAAGGCUAGGAAUCCCCUGAAACAGAAACGACCACGCUCCCGGACACUCACGGCCGUCUACGAUGCCAUCCUCGAGGAUCUUGUCUUUCCGGCUGAGAUUGUGGGAAAGCGUGUUCGUGUGAAGUUGGAUGGGUCUCAAUUGAUUAAGGUGCAUCUCGAUAAGAACCAACAGACAACAAUUGAGCACAAGGUGGAUACUUUCACGUCUGUGUACAAGAAGUUGACGGGACGAGAUGUGACCUUCGAGUUCCCCGAACCCUAUUUGUAAAAGAUGCUUUGAGAGUGAAUGAGAAGGACUUAUUAAAUGA